AUGAAGUUACUGAGAUCAUUUAAGUUGCAUAACGACAAAAUAUGGAGUAUUGACUAUUCUUCUGGACUUCUUGCAACUGCAUCGUCUGAUCUACGCAUUAAGAUCUUAAGAAUUGGUGAUAUAGGUUCAGAUGACAUUGAUGAAAAGAAUAAAGAAAACGAUGAUGAUGACAAUCGAUUACUAGAUGAAUUAGAUGAUAGUGCACAUAAAAAAACAAUACGAUCUGUGGCAUGGAGACCAAACUCCAACAUUCUUGCCGCAGGAUCUUUUGAUUCUACAAUCUCGAUUUGGUCCAAAGAAGAUUAUCAAGAGGACGAGGUUGCUGGAAAUAAUUUUUCAAUGGAUUUAUUAGCUAUUAUCGAAGGCCAUGAGAACGAGGUUAAGAGUGUAGCUUGGUCCCAAGAUGGAUACUUUUUAGCUACUUGUUCCAGAGAUAAGAGUGUAUGGAUUUGGGAAGCUGAUGAAGUUGGUGAAGAAUAUGAAUGUGUUAGUGUUCUCCAAGAACAUAGCCAAGAUAUUAAACACGUUGUUUGGCACCCAACACAAAAUGUUUUAGCUUCAAGUUCCUAUGAUGAUACGAUCAGAGUAUGGAAGGAGUUUGAUGAAGACUGGGAGUGUGCAGCUGUUUUAAAUGGCCACGAGGGCACAGUUUGGUGUUCAGAUUUUGAACAUUCAUCUGUUGAAAAAAACGAUUCUAUGAGACUUUGUAGCGGCAGUGAUGAUGCAAAAGUUAAAGUUUGGAAAUUCGAUGGAGUCAAUGAAGAUUCGGAAGAUAUUUGGAUAUGUGAGUCAACACUUCCUCCAGUACACUCCGGUCCUGUUUAUAGCGUAUGUUGGAAUGAUGAUGGUUUAAUUGCAAGUGCUGGUUCUGAUGGUGUCAUAGCUAUAUACAAGGAAGAUGAGACUUUGAAAGGUAAGUGGAAUUGCAUAGAGAAGAAUGAGAAAAGUCAUACAUUUUUUGAAAUCAAUUGUAUCAAGUGGAUAAAGAAUAAUAACGAUGAAACACUAUUAUUGAGUGCUAGUGAUGAUGGGCACGUAAACAUGUGGAAUGUAAAUAAAAACUAA